CCCUCAGUCCUGUCUGGUAGGUCGGGCGGAGCUUCUUUGAGUAACGCGCGCUUGCAGGAUAAGAGUCUCCCGUUUUGCAUGUUUGCAACUUGAAAUGGGCUGUUUUACACCAGGAUUUGACUACGCGUCUCUGGGCAAUCAAUAUAGCUUUGUGUUAUUUAUGACUGUAGAAAACGACCCAUUUGAAUUGAUAAGGUAUGCUGUAUUAAUAGCCUCUUUGUUACACGUGUAAAAAGGCAGCAGAUUACAUUCACCCGCUUCAAUGAUUAAAACUGCAACGCACGCCUGUUCUUAGUGCCACCUUUCUGGGACGUGCAGAGACUGCGGUGGGUGGACAAGGACUCCCGGGGACUUUUAUUGCGGCAGACCGCUCGGCGAUUGCUCAGAGGCGAGGGGAGGAAAGAUCGGCUGCAAAAACAGAGAGAGCACAAGCAGCGAUUCAAAUUCCUGAGCUGGUGCGGGGUGAGCUGGCAGAGUCGUUGUUGUUUUUUUUUUGUUUUUUUUCAAAUUGUGUAACUGUACAGGGAAGAGAAGAAAACUGUCUUCACCAUGCGUUCAGCCGCCGAGAAGACAUGAGCAUAACCAGCUCUCGGACAAACAGCUUCAGUGUGGACCCCCAGACCGCUGAGCCUCCGAACGAGGGGAUGGAGAGAGGGCCAGCCCGCUGGGACACUAGACAGGAACUCGCUGAGACUGCAAACUCUGAGCUGCAGUGUGGAGUGGAGAUGUCGGGUGAGGUGGUUGCAAGGGCGCCCCCCUCGGAGUGGGUCACGCUGGUCGUUGAUAACAGCCGCUUCACGGUGGACCCCGGGAUCUUCACUGCGCACCCCAACACCAUGCUGGCCAGGAUGUUUGGUUCUGCCCGACAAUACAACUUUGCCAGGCCCAAUGAGAAGGGGGAGUUUGAGAUCGCAGAGGGGAUCAGGGGCAGCGUCUUUCGAGUCGUGCUGGACUAUUACAGGACGGGGGUGCUGCGCUGUCCCGACGGUGUUUCUGUGCCGGAGCUCAGAGAGGCCUGUGACUACCUCUGCAUCAACUUCGACUGCAACACCAUCACGUGCCACGACCUGAGCGCCCUGCUUCACGAGCUGUCGAAUGAUGGGGCGCGGAGGCAGUUUGAGGGGUUCCUGCAGGAGCUGGUGCUGCCAGUGAUGGUCUCGAGUGCGCGGGGGGGGGAGCGGGAGUGCCACAUGGUGGUGCUGACCGAUGAGGACACUGUGGACUGGGAUCAGGAGCACCCCCCGCCCAUGGGAGAGGAGUACUCCCAGAUUGUCUACAGCACCAAGCUGUACCGCUUCUUCAAAUACAUCGAGAACCGUGAAGUGGCCAAAGCGCUGCUGAAAGAGAGAGGCCUGAAGAACAUUCGCAUCGGCAUUGAGGGGUACCCCACCUGCAAGGAGAAGGUGAAGCGGCGCCCUGGCGGGAGGUCAGAGGUCAUCUACAACUACGUGCAGCGGCCGUUCAUUCACCUGUCCUGGGAGAAGGAGGAAGGGAAGAGCCGGCACGUGGACUUCCAGUGCGUGCGGAGCAAGAGCUUGCCCAGCAUGGUGGGAGGGGGCGAGGGCGGGACCCCCCACAGUCAUGCCCCCCUCCAUCCUCCACAGGUCGAUGAGCUGGACCGGCUCAAUGGACCCUGCCUCUGCCUCCCCCUCUCCGAAAUACAGGACGGAGAUCUCUGACGCAGUCCCCAGAUCUGCAGCAAGACCACAUCGGCCCUGCUGUGUUUACAGAGUGAAAUCAUCUGGAUCCGUUUCCUUCAGUCUCACGGGUCACUCCUCUACGCUGAGAGAGUCCCAGGCUGAAGAUCCUCCUGUUGGAUGUUGGAGACACCAGCUCUCAAUCUGUGAUUGGUGGGCGUGAUGUUCUGGUGCAGAAAUAGUGCAGCACAAAACGUCUGGGUCACCUCGUCAAUACUUAAAUAUUUUAGAACACUUAAGCAAAAGAUCUUAUUUAGGAGCCAUAUGAGAAAUACAACACCCAAACAUCUUGUGUAACUCUUGAGUACAUUAAUCUGUUUUAACAGUGGGCUUGUGAAACCAGUAUUCAAAGUGCACCGGUCUGAAGGCAGGGUCUGGUGGUGUGUCGACUGGUCAGUCAGAAGCAGGAGCAGUGUUUGAAGGCAACAAGAGAACACCCUCAACAGUGGUCAUCCCUGGCCUGGAUUAUAUUGACUUGAAAUAUCUCAUCAUGCAGUUGUUUUCUUGGAUAAUUCCUGCUGCAGAGUUUAUUUCCCUAAUCGUCCACCCAGAUAAACGCCCUGUCCGUCUGGCUCCUGUCUUUACCAGGCAGUGUAGUGGAGGGAGGUGGGGGGGAGAGAUGGACGGACAGUCAGGCAUGACAGCACUGACCCCCCUCUGUUACAGUUUCAAAAGCACUCUGUAGUUCAAAAACUUUUUUGGUUUCCCAUGGCAAAUCAGCUCAUCCCGAGCCUUGCCGCCCCACCCCUCCUGUGAUGUAAUAGUUGAUCACAGCUUGAUUGCUCUUUCAUUGACCGAGCUUACUGGAGACAACAGAGCCGAAAGUGUAGGAAGAAAAACAAAAAGGAACAGCAGGUUUGUAGGCGCAGGACUGGUUUCACCGGACCCGAUUAGCACCAGUCAUCACCUGUGAAACCAGCCUUUGUGUUUUUCUGUUUCGUUGGGCUGUGGUUGAGCCGAGUCACGCUGUGCAGCAUGCUAACCAUGUGUCAGGUAGCGUGAGAACGGGGCAGUGCUACACAUGACACAUGGAUUGCUUUGAACACCAAAGAACGAACUUGUAUGGAGGGCAGGGCAUUGCAACGCCUGGCGCUGAUCAAGGGUUACGAGGGAUUGAAGACAGGUGUAAAAUAAUGAGUUUUAUAUUAUAUAUACACACAACGUUUGGUGUUGUUUCAGGUUCGAAUAAUGAAAGGAAUUAGAAAAAUCUGCACUUUCUUUUUGUAAACAGUGACUUUUACCAAAAAAUAACAAUUAUAAUUAAAUUCAGGGUUUUUAAUGGUAGGAAUUUUUAUUUAUUGGUGUUUCAUUUAGCACACAGUGUUCUUGGUAUUUACAAAUCAAAAUAACUUCAGUUCCCAGUACUGUAUUAUUAUUAUUGGGUUAGAUUUAGUGAAGGAAUGGAAAUAGGGCACUGGGCUAGUUACUCAGCAAGUUGUUAUCAAUCAGAUUUACAAUGUUAAUUAAAUACAAACUGCAGGACACUAAUUGCAAGUAUAUAUUUCAUUAAAGACAUACUAUAUCUGUAUACUGAAAUAUGUAUAUUAUUGUUAUGCACACUAUAGUCUAUUAAACUUAUAAAGGCCAAAGAUUGCAAUUUAACUAAAUUGUUUUGCAUCGUCUCUUUAAAAUGCACAGUACUUGGAAAAACAUUGUGCACAGGCUUGAUGCUGCUGUGAUCAGUCUUUCUGAAAAUAAAGAAGGUAUAUUAAUAAA